UGAUGUCAGUCUUCAGGACAGGACUCAACUAGGCAGAGCUGGUUGGAGAAAACACUGAAGAUCCACUGAGAGGAGGAAGAGAAGCAAAAAAGAAAAAAAGAAAAAGUGGGCGAUGUUGCAGCUAGGAUCUUGUUUGUGGACAUUGUGGGAAGACUGUUGAUACAGUCCGGAUUGCUUUUUGUACGUAUUUUUGUUCCCUGAAGCUGAGCUGAAAGACUCAUCGCCGCAGUAUUUCUUUCUUUUUUUUUUUUUUUUACACUAACGUUAGAUCACUUCUGGAAAAAGGAAUACAAAAAUGUCGUCUCCAAGUCCGGGCAAGAGGCGAAUGGAUACCGACGUGGUGAAACUCAUUGAGAGCAAGCACGAGGUCACCAUCCUCAGUGGACUCAACGAGUUUGUGGUCAAGUUCCAUGGACCGCCUGGAACGGCGUAUGAGGGAGGUGUGUGGAAGGUCAGAGUGGACCUACCAGAUAAAUACCCCUUCAAAUCACCAUCAAUAGGAUUCAUGAAUAAAAUCUUUCAUCCCAACAUUGAUGAAGCGUCAGGAACUGUGUGUUUAGACGUCAUUAACCAGACAUGGACCGCUCUCUACGAUCUCACCAACAUCUUUGAGUCGUUCCUCCCUCAGCUGCUCGCCUACCCAAACCCCAUCGAUCCUCUGAACGGGGACGCAGCUGCCAUGUACCUGCACCGGCCGGAGGAUUAUAAACACAAGAUCAAAGAGUACAUCCAAAGGUACGCCACAGAGGAGGCUCUAAAGGAGCAGGAGGAGGGAGGGGGCGACUCCUCUUCAGAGAGCUCCAUGUCAGACUUUUCGGAGGACGAGGCUCAGGACAUGGAGUUAUAGUGAAAGGGGGGAGAUCCUGUCCCCUUCACCUCACAACAGACUGUCGUUUCCUAAAGAGCAGAAACUCAGUACUAUAUUCAUAUUUAAACGAGACAAUUUUUUACAGCGACACAAGGAUUUUUAUUGCUACACAAGGAUUUGCAGUAUGAUAUUGCAGAAUAUUAACCCUUAUUUAGGAAUUCAUGACCCACCCGACCCCCAUUGCCCUCCUCUUCGCCCCCCCAGAGAGCCUGUUUAGAUCAGAAAGGAGUGCAUCAUUCAUUUCCAUGAUCUUUAGCGUGGCUUCAGUCAAAGCCUUUCACAGUCCAGCUGAGCCGUGAGACCAGAGGACUGACAUCCACACAAAACUGUUUCCCAUUUAGUUCCACAAAGCCAGACCUCACCACACCUCGAGUCGUAACACGCUCAGUCGUUUCUUUUUUCUUUAUUUGACAUCUCACUGCAUCAUCGGACAUAUUUGCCCCACCGAAAGAGGACGGCGGGAUGACAAUCCACGAUUUCUGAGCGAUCUCAACUUCAAAAGAGAGUGGAAACCCAUUUUUCUUUAACCUGUCACCUU